CGCUGGGGGAGCCAGAAGAAAGCCUUUCCUGCGCUGUGUAUGCGCCCCACCAGGUCGGUUGCCGUGGGAACGGCUGAGAAGCGGAAGUAGGGCUGCGCGGGCGCUUUAUUUUCCGGGUCGGCGCUCCCGCGUGCGCGAAGGGGAAGCUGCAUGGGCCGCCACUUCCUGCGCGGUCUCCUAUCUCUGCUCCUGUCGCCGCCGCCGCCACCCCUCCAUAUCUGGCACUGCAAGCUCAGCCUGGAGUCCGUCCCGCCCUUCAAACGACCCCGCAGCAGCCUCAUGACACCGCCCCGUAUUGGGACACACAACGGCACCUUCCACUGCGAUGAGGCCUUGGCAUGCGCAUUGCUGCGCCUCCUUCCGGAGUACCGGGAUGCAGAGAUUGUGCGAACCAGGGACCCGGAAAAACUGGCUGCUUGCGACAUCGUAGUGGACGUGGGUGGCGAGUACGAUCCUCAGAGACACCGAUAUGACCAUCACCAGAGGUGGGUUCCCAGGUCUUUCACAGAGACCAUGAGCUCCCUGUCCCCUGGGAAGCCAUGGCAGACCAAGCUGAGCAGUGCAGGACUCAUCUAUCUACACUUCGGGCACAAGCUGCUGGCCCAGUUGCUGGGUACUAGCGAAGAGGACAGCAUGGUAGCCACCCUCUAUGACAAGAUGUACGAGAACUUCGUAGAGGAGGUAGAUGCAGUCGACAAUGGGAUCUCCCAGUGGGAGGAGGGAAAGCCUCGAUAUGCACUGACCACUACACUAAGUGCCCGAGUUGCCCGGCUUAAUCCCACCUGGAACCAGCCCAACCAAGACACUGAGGCUGGGUUCAAGCGUGCAAUGGAUAUGGUUCGAGAGGAGUUUCUGCAGAGAUUAGACUUCUACCAGCACAGCUGGCUGCCAGCCCGGGCCUUGGUAGAAGAAGCCCUAGCCCAGCGAUUACAGGUAGACCCAAGUGGGGAGAUAAUAGAACUGGCAAAAGGUGGAUGCCCCUGGAAGGAGCACCUCUAUUACCUAGAAUCUGGGCUGUUGCCCCCAGUGACCAUCGCCUUUGUUGUCUACACUGACCAGGCUGGACAGUGGCGGGUACAAUGUGUGCCCAAGGAGCUCCACUCAUUCCAGAGCAGGCUGCCCCUGCCAGAGCCAUGGUGGGGUCUUCGGGAUGAGGCCCUGGACCAGGUCAGUGGAAUUCCUGGCUGCAUCUUUGUCCAUGCCAGCGGCUUCAUUGGUGGGCACCGCACCCGAGAGGGUGCCUUAAGCAUGGCUCGUGCUACCUUGGCCCAGCGCCCAGCACCUAUGCCUCCCACAAAUCCCAUUGUCCAAUAAAAUUUGUCUCAUACUGACCAA